AUGUUGCUCCUUCUGGUGUUUCUGGUGAAGAAAAUAGUAACUCUGAGCUGCCCUGCAAGUGAUGCUUUCCUUGUUCCACAUGAGUGUGUAAUCACCAAAUUCUACCAGCACAUCCUUGCCUUGGCGUUUGCUGUGAAGGAGAUCAAUGAGGACUCCCAGAUCUUACCUAACGUCACUCUUGGGUUCCACAUCUAUGAUAGUUACUACAGCCCAAGGAUGACCUAUCGCACCACCCUGGACCUGCUUUUCAAAUCCCAGGAUUUUGUCCCUAACUAUGAAUGUGACAGCCAGAAGAAUCUCAUGGCCAUCAUUGGAGGAUUGGAUUUUGAUACAUCAUUUUAUAUAGCUGAAAUUGGAAGAUUCUUCAAGAUUCCACAGCUCCAUUCGUUUCUUCAAGGCAUUUCUUUUAACAAUUCAGCUGGGGAGAGAGUGUUCCUGAAUGAGAAAGGGGAAGCAACAGGUGGAUUUGACAUCACCAACUUUAUCACUUUUCCAAACAGAUCCUUUCAAAAAGUUAGAAUCGGAAAGAUGGAUCCCACGGUUCCAAAAGGGAAGGAAUUAUUCAUAAAUGAAGAUGUAAUUGUCUGGCACCCAGUUUUUAACCAGGUUCGUCCACUUUCUCAAUGCAAUGAGCCUUGUUUCCCUGGAUAUUGGAAGAAGGGGAUUGAGGGAAAUCAGUUCUGCUGUUAUGAUUGUGUUCCAUGCCCUGAAGGGAAGAUUUCAAAUCAAAAUGAUAUGGAUGACUGUUUUGAAUGUUCACAAGAUCAUUAUCCAAAUAAGGAAAAGAAAGGCUGUAUCCUUAAACCAUUGGUGUUUCUAACCUUUGAAGAAACCUUAGGAACUGGAUUAGUCUCAGUGGGUCUUUGUUUCUUCUUCUUGACCUCUUGGAUACUUGGAACUUUUAUUAAGUAUAGGGAUACUCCCAUUGUCAAAGCCAACAAUCGGUCCCUCACUUUCACCCUCCUUGUCUCUCUUCUGCUCUGUUUUCUCUCCUCUUUCUUCUUCCUCAGCAAACCUGGCAAAGUGACCUGCCUUCUCCGACAAUCAACAUUUGGCGUCACCUUCUCAGUGGCCAUUUCUAGUGUACUGGCCAAAACCAUCACUGUAGUUGUAGCUUUCACGGCUACUAAACCAGGAUCUCAGAUGAGAAGAUGGGUGGGGAAAAGAUUGGCCUUUUCUACUGUACUUUCCUGCUCUCUAUUACAAGUAUGUAUCUGUAUUCUUUGGUUGUCAACAUCUCCCCCAUUCCCUGAGUUGGACAUGCAUUCAGAGCUCCAAGAAAUGAUUUUACAGUGCAAUGAGGGGUCAGCUUCCUUCUUCUACUGUGUCUUGGGCUACAUGGGUAUCUUGGCCAUUGCCAGCUUUAUUGUGGCUUUCCUUGCCCGUAAAUUACCUGACAGCUUUAACGAAGCCAAGUUCAUCACCUUCAGCAUGUUGGCCUUUUGCAGUGUGUGGAUCUCCUUCUUUCCAGCCUAUCUGAGCACAAAAGGGAAAGCCAUGGUAGCUGUGGAGGUCUUCUCCAUCUUGGCCUCCAGCGCUGCAUUACUGGGAUGCAUAUUCCUCCCAAAAUGCUACAUCAUUGUUUUGCGGCCUAACCUAAAUCACAGGGAGCAACUCAUAAAGAGGAAUUAA